AUGUCAUUUAGUCCUGCAAUGUUAUCAACACCACCCAAUGAGGUUCACGAAAUCCCCGAUGACUACGAUGUAAGUGAUUUAGAACAAGAAAAUGAUUUGAUAGUGUUGACCAAUCAAAUCACUCCUGAUGAAUUGGUAAAUAAUGAAGAUAUACGAACCACUGAAGAAUUAAUAGAAUCAAGUAGAAGAGAAAAAGAAUUAGAACAGGGGGUUUUCAGAUUCAAUGUAUGGGAUUUCCUUAAGAAAGGAGCCAUCAACAUGAUAUUACCGUUUAUCAAUGGAUUGAUGUUGGGAUUUGGUGAAAUAUUGGCUCAUGAAAUAGGUUUUAAAUAUGGUUGGACAGGUGCUAGAGUUGUUCCCGAAAGAAGGAUGCAAAGACAGCCUUCUAAGUUUUUAUGA